AUGUCUUUCCCUGAUAAACAUCAAAGAAAAACAUGUUGGGAUGCUAGAGACAAAUUCUGGCAAUGCUUAGAUGAACAUAACAUUAAAGAUAAUUCUGAACAUCCUAAAGCCUGUGCUGAAUUUAGGAAACUGUUUGAAAACUCUUGUCCUCCAAAAUGGGUCUCACAUUUUGAUAGGAAGCGAGAUUACAAUAUAUUCAAAGUUCAAAUGCAGAAAGAGGGAUUUGAACCUAUUAAAGAUGCUGCUUAG